CUUCUGUUCCCCGCCCCCGUGACGUCAGUCAGAACGACAGUGGGUCCGUCAGCCAUGGGAAUCUAGGCACCGUCGUAAACACGUUUCCAUGUUACAGGAUGGGGAGACUACUCAAUGAUGAGAUUAAACCGUAGACGAAUCUGUUGUUUCGUCAUUUUUAUUUAUUGUCUGUUUUCUUUUUAUGCGUCUUACAAUGUUUUUUUCAAACCCAAAUCUGUUUCUCGGCUUCAUCGGGUAGUAAACAGAAAAGAUAAGAAUAGUAAUGGUAUUACACUUUCUUUAAAACUUGAAGAACAGCAAGGGGACUUCCAAUCCUCAAAAUCAGAAAAAGAAGAAUGGAAUCCAUGGGAGGAGGAAGACAAGAUUGAAAAGAAAGUCUUAGAGCAAAAGCGUGAAAGAAAUCUUAACGUAUUCAAGAAGCUUGUAGCAUUGAACGAGCCAAGAGAACUUAAAGUGCACAUAUGGGGCAAAGCUGCAAUUGGACUUUACCUCUGGCAGCAUGUUUUGGAAGGGUCUCUUGAACCUACAGAUCCUUCAGCUCAGUGGCGAGAAGGAACUUUACAUGCAGGAAGUAUACUCUUCAGCUUUUUCACUGGACCAGCUGUUGCCCCAGGACAUAUUUCUUUGUCUGCGGAUUGUGUGGUAUUGGUUCUGAAUGGCAGAGAAGAAGGAAAGGUUGCUUAUGCCACCAAGUGGCUGCAGUAUGCAGAGACAUUGAUACAGACCCAGAAACUGCAUCAUGUAGCUGUUGUACUGCUGGGUAGUGAGCAGUGCGAUAAUGAAUGGAUCCAGCCCUAUCUCAGGCGACAAGGAGGAUUUGUGGAUUUGCUGUUCUUAGUGUACGACAGUGCUUGGGUAAAUGAAGAAGAUAUCUUUCAGUGGCCCCUUGGUGUAGCCACGUACAGGGGGUUUCCUGUGGUGAAGGAUACAAGCUUGAUGCUACACUCCCCAAGACCACAUAUGUGCAAUUUCUUAGGAACUGUUUACAAAGACUCAUCCAGGGAAACUCUGUUAGAGUUUCUAAAGCAAAAUGGACUUGAAAAAUUGUGUCUCACUGCUGCUAGAAAAACGUGGAUACCUCAGGAAUCCAGUGAAAGUAUGAAAAACUAUCAAGAAGCAUUACUUCAGAGUGACCUUACACUGUGCCCAGUAGGAGUAAAUACAGAAUGCUACAGAAUUUAUGAAGCAUGUUCUUAUGGAUCUGUCCCUGUUGUAGAAGAUGUACUCACACCAGGAAACUGUGGAAACUCAUCUUCAUCCUACAGUGCACCUUUACAGUUGUUAAAGUCUAUGGGGGCACCAUUUAUCUUUGUUAAAAACUGGAAGGAACUUCCUGCUAUUUUUGAGAAAGAAAAACUUGUGAGUCUGGAAGAAAAAGUUCAAAGACGAAAGAACCUUAUUGACUGGUACAAGCAGUUUAAAACCCAGAUGAAAGAGAACUUUAUUAAUAUCUUGAGAAAUUCUUUUAUUUAAAGAAAAAAUAAUUUGGUAGUCAUUUAUUUUAUUGAAACACAGCUGAAGACACUUUUACUGGUAGAAUUUAACCAAGAUGUGCCAGAAACAAAUAAGUCCUGACUUUCAGUCGUGUACUGAAAUUGAACAUCCAACCCUCCAACUACAUAAAAUUUUCUCAAAGUGCUUAGGUUUCAUAGUUGGUUAUGUGAAGUAGCGAGGGUUCUGGGCAUGGUACUGUCCUUCUCCAGUAGAGUCAUUAAAUAUAGGAUUUAAAAUCAGAAUGUGUUUGUGUUAAUAUUUUUUCUACUCUAGGCACCAGCCCAAUAAAGGGGACACAAGUUU